UAUUUGAAAGAAAGGCCUUGCCGCCCAUUCACAUCGGGCCGCGGACAAGAUAACAACGGAGACGUAGUGUCGAAUUUUGUUCUGAGUUCAGAAAAGACCGUUGAUAUAUUCCAAAAUUAAAAUAUCACCCACAAAAAUUGUAUUUAAAAAAUAUAAUAUUCGAUAUGUCAUAUCGGCUAAUCGUUGCUGCGGUGAGGAGUUGUGCGAAGCUUUUCGACUGCCCGCACGCUUUUUAAUCGUAGGAAUUUGAUUUAAAAAUACAGGUCUUUAUCAAUUUCGUAAAGAUAAUUUUAUCGCCGUGCGGGCUGCGCUUUAUGUAAUUAUUUUUUACCUGUGCGAUUGUAUUCCCAUGAAUUUGAGUGCCUGUGUGUGUGUCUCUGUAUUUGGAGAAGGAAAACAAAAAACAACAAGAAAAGCAAAGCAACUGGAAAAGAGAGUGUGGAAAAUCCGUGGGCAACUACCUGUUGAUCGAAGCGCCGCCAUCGCCGUCGUUGACCCCGCGUCACUGCCUGCCUGCCCUUCUCUGCUUAUCUCCUGCUGGGAGAUUUCCGACGCUGCCGAAAGUCGGGCCAUUGCCGUGCCCGGUGCACGUGCACGUGCAACUCCCAGAACUACAGCUAAAAGCCGCAACAUGAUCAUGCUGCACCACCUAAGCCGCACAGCAGCAGCAGCAGAUGCGGCAGCAUCCUCCUAUGCCACACCUGUGCGCCAGCUCUGGCUGGUACUGAUGCUCGCGUUGGCCCUCAGUGAAGUCUGCGGCUUCAAUCUGGAGCAGCGCCUGCCGCUGAUCAAGUACGGACACCCCCACUCGCACUUCGGCUACUCCGUGGCCACCCACACCAUCGGCGAAGCCAACUCGGCGAACAACACCAAGUGCCUGCUGGUGGGUGCCCCCCUGGAUCACAAUCGACAGCCGAACACCUCACACUCGGGCGCCCUCUGGAGGUGUCCCAUAACGCAGAGGUUCGACGACUGCGAACAGGUGAUAACCGAUGGACGACGUUCAUCGAGCGGAGUUUAUGAGAUUAAUAAGCGUAAGUGCAUACGACAGCGAGGUCCUCUCACCGCCCUCCAGCGACGAGAUCAAGGAGGGACAGUGGAUGGGCGUCACGGUGCGAUCGAACCCGCUCCAGGCCAACGGAUCGGGUGGCAAGGUGCUCGUGUGUGCCCACCGUUACAUGUACAUUGUGCGCGAGAACCGCUAUGGCCAAGGACUGUGCUACGUCCUUACCAACGACCUGCAGUUUGACGAAGUGCACGAGCCGUGCAAGGGUCGCCCUGUGCAGAGGCAACACGAGGACUACGGACUGUGCCAGGCGGGAACGUCGGGGGCGCUCCUGGACGAUGACACGAUGGUGCUCGGCUCCCCGGGCCCGUUCACGUGGCGGGGCUCCAUCUGGGUGACGCAGAUCGGGGGAGAGUACCUGCACCGCGACAAGACGACCUACUACAGCGACCACUCGGACGCGAGCUCGCCAGUGGAUAAGUACAGCUACCUGGGCAUGUCCGUCACUGGCGGACGGUUCUUCGGCUACAACAUGUGCUAUGCAGCGGGGGCGCCCCGCUCCAAUGGGCACGGGCAGGUGGUGAUCUUCGACAAGGCCAACACCAACCCGAUACCCGUGCGCCUCAUCAUCGACGGGGAGCAGUUCGGGUCGAGCUUCGGCUAUGAGCUGACCACCGCGGAUAUCAACGGGGACAAUCGACCGGAUCUGAUUGUGGCAGCUCCCGUCUUCUUCGGCAAGAACGAGGGAGGGGCCGUCUACGUCUACCAGAACGAUCAGGACACGCUGCCUAGGAGGCACACCCUGCGGCUGACGGGGGCCCUGGAGAGCCGCUUCGGACUGGCGCUGGCCAAUGUUGGUGACCUGAACAAGGACAACUGCGAGGACAUCGCUGUGGGUGCGCCUUACGAGGGCCAGGGAGUUGUGUACAUUUACCUGGGGUCGCAACAAGGCCUCAACGACAAGCCCGCCCAGCGCAUACAGGCCUCGGAACUGGGAGCCACAGUGCCCCACGGCCAACCCAUCCGCACCUUUGGGAUAUCGAUAGCCGGCAACACGGACCUGGACGGCAACUCCUACCCCGACGUGGUGGUGGGUGCCUUCAACUCGUCGGCCACGGUGGUGCUACUGGCCCGACCUAUCAUCAACAUCCAGACGAGUUACCGGAGCGAGGAGUUGCGCAACAUCGACCCCAACCAGCCGGGUUGCCGGGCGGACGCAUUCAGCAACCUGACCUGCUUCACCUUCGAGGCCUGCUGCAGCAUCGAACCAUACGACGAUUCGACCAAGGAGCUCAGCCUGAUGUACAGCGUGGAAGCCGAGACCUACGACCACCUCAAGAAGUUCUCACGCGCCUUCUUUGACCGGGACAACAAGCGGAGCAACGUCAUUAGCCGCGUGGUCAAGGUGCGAACCGACGGACGCGUGGCCUGCCAGAUGGUCACCGGGUACAUCAAGGCCAACACCCGCGACAUCCAGACCCCCAUCAGCUUCCGACUCAAGUACACACUGGAGGAGCCACCGCUCGCGGACUCCGCCCUCACUCGGCUCAACCCCAUGCUCGACCAGACGCAAGCCCACAUCGACUUUGAGGGCACCUUCCAGAAGGACUGCGGCGACGACGAUCUCUGCGAAAGUGAUCUGGUUAUUCGAGCUGAGCCAAAUAUCACAGCCAUAGACAACAAGUACACCCUAAUCCUGGACGAAACUGAGCUGGAAGUGGGAAUUAGCGUGAGCAACCUGGCGGACUCCGCUUACGAAGCGCAACUAUUCAUUAGCCACCAGGCCGGCGUCUCGUACGUGGCCACCAAGAAGCCGACCAAUGCCACUUGCAACAGUUUCAACACCACUUUGGUGGUCUGUAGCCUGGGCAAUCCGAUGUUGCGCGGAACGACGACGUUCGUUACCAUCCGUUUUCAGCCUAAGAGUCUGGAGCCCAACGAGAAUUCGAUGCUGUUCCACAUCUUCGCCAACACCACCUCCAAGCUCGUGGGCGGCGAGCCGCCCGAGAGGAAUCUCAGCGUGAGCGUGGUGCGCCAGGCCAAGCUGCACUUCCGGGGCUGGGCGAUGCCCGAGCAGAGCUUCUACAGCGGAGCCAGCCAGGUGACAGACAACUCGCCCAUGGAGAUGGUCGACGUGGGCUCGCAGGUGAACCACAGUUUCACCAUCUUCAACGACGGCCCCUCAACGGCGCCCAAGGUGCGCAUGAUCAUCCACUGGCCGUGGUCCCUCUACAGCGAUCCGGAACGCGGGCACAUGGACCUGUACCUUCUUUACCUGGAGCAAAUGCCCACCGUGGAGAUCGGUGUGGGCGAGUGCCAUGUGGCGCCCGAGUAUGUGAAUCCCCUAAAGCUGGCUAGCGGGUCGCAGGAGUCGGCUAGCGGCUUCCUGGGUGCGCCGGCCACCCUCAUGAUGGUUCAUGGUCGCUCACAGCUAAACAAGAACCAAACCCACUCAACCCACUCGACCCACUCAAGGCAGCAACGCAGCACCCUAGAACGAGUGACCCGCCUGGAGCGGCUCAUCUACGAGCCAGAGGCGGCGGGUAUGGGGUCCAGCGGCAGCGGCAAGAAGCAGGACAUCGUCGAGCUGGACUGCAAUAAAGGCACGGCUCGGUGCAUCCGUAUCGAGUGUGACAUCUACAAUAUGCCGGCCAGGUCGGAGGCCCAGGUUAUGGUGAAGGCGCGCCUGUGGAACUCAACGCUCGUCAGCGAGUAUCCGCGUGUAGACCGGGUACGCAUCAUCUCUACGGCCACCGCCAAGAUACCCGAGGACUUUGGCGUCGAGGUGAUGGAACACAACGACAUCGAGGUCGAGACGCGCGCCUACCCUGAGCUUAGGAACCAGCAACGGGACACCGCCAUACCGUGGCUGAUCAUCAGCUUAGCCAUCCUUGUGGGCGUUUUGGUACUGGCCUUGUUCACGUACAUCCUGUGGAAGUGCGGCUUCUUCAAGCGGAUACGGCCCACGGACCCCACGCUCAGUGGGAACCUCGAGAAGAUGAACGAAGAAAAGCCCUUCCUGGCGGCCAAGAACACCCAUCAUGUUUUCUAACAAGAGGGCACCGUCGGCUGGGAUCUGGCACGCCGGAUCGCCCCCAAGAAGAGGCGCCGCCGUCUCCAGCUUCCUCUCCUGAACAGACAGCGGGUGCACGGCCAGCGCUGGUGGCGUCAUAAAUCCUCGAACAACAACGAGCUGGACAUCCUUUCGCUGACGCCGCCACCGCCGCCCCUAAGCGUUCUGAAUUGGGGCCACGAUGGAUACUACCAAGCCAGUGCCACCUGGUGGGGACACAUAUAAUGUGGAUAGGGAAUUGGGGGUCGCGGGAUCACGGAAUCACGGGAUCGCGGUAUCACGGGAUCGAGGAUCGUUGGGUAGUGGAUUGUGGGUUGUGGUUCAAUGUGCCAUUUCGUUUACUUAAUACAGCAAAUCUGCUUAAUCGAUCAGAUGGAUCAAGAGCCCGGUAUUCUUAGGGGUAUUUCCAUUUGUUUUUCCAGAUAUCUGUCCGGGCUAACAGGUAUUUGCACAAGGGACUCCCGCCGCCGGGCUGUGCCUUUAGGUAUAAAGAUUAGCUAAGCCCAAAACGUUGAUAAUCUGUGUAAAAAUUUUCUUAUUCGUAUAACUGUAGUUAUGUGUAUCGUUGGUAUGUACGUGCAUGUAGGGCACAGACCCGACCUAGGCUAAGCUCUAGCAGUAAGUAGUUAAGGGAGAACAAAUUCCGAAUAUAUUCAUACAGUUGAAGCCUGCUAUGAUAAAACACUGCCAAUGACACAAAUAUCUACAAAAACAGCAAAUAUAGUGGCUCGAAACAA